AUGCUGAGACCCAGGUUGAAUCCCUGUUGCUACUACCCUUGUCAGAACUCAGGAGUCUGUGUGAGAUUUGAUGCAGAUCGCUAUGAAUGUGACUGCACAGGCACUGGCUUCCAUGGUGAAAACUGCUCUGUUCCGGAGUUCUGGACCAGAGUUGGCCUCAUGCUGAAACCCAACCCGAGCGUCGUUGACUUCUUCCUCACCCACUUCAACUGGUUCUGGGACUUUGUAAACAACUCUUUCCUGAGAGACAUGCUGAUGGAGGUGGUGCUCAAAGUCAGAACAAACCUUAUUCCAAGUCCUCCGACCUAUAACAGCAAGUAUGGAUAUCUGAACUGGGAGUACUUCUACAACCUGAGUUAUUACACCAGGAUCCUGCCUCCUGUACCUCAAGACUGUCCUUUGCCCAUGGGAACUAAAGGCAAAGCAGUUCUUCCUGAUCCCAAAGUGUUGGCUGAGCGUUUCUUUAAGAGGACCAAAUUUCGUCCAGACCCUCAGGGAGCCAAUCUGAUGCUUGUGUUCAUGGCCCAGCACUUCACGCACCAGUUUUUCAAGACAGACCAUAAAACUGGCAGCAGCUUCACCAAGGCUUUGGGCCAUGGGGUAGAGUCUGGAAAUAUCUAUGGAGACAACCUCAUGCGACAGCUUCAACUCCGACUUCACAAAGAUGGAAAGCUAAAACAUCAGUUAGUAAAUGGUGAGAUGUACCCUCCUACGGUGUCUGAGGUCCCUGUGCACAUGGUGUAUCCUGAAGGUAUCCCUCCAGAGCAGCGUCUGGCCAUUGGUCAGGAGACGUUUGGCAUGCUGCCGGGUCUCACCAUGUACGCCACCAUAUGGCUGAGAGAGCAUAACAGAGUCUGUGACAUCCUGAAGGCAGAACAUCCCACCUGGGAUGAUGAGCAGCUCUUCCAGACCACCAGGCUCAUCAUCAUCGGGGAGACAAUCCGCAUCAUAAUAGAAGAGUACGUGCAGCAGCUGAGUGGUUACCUGCUGAAGCUGAAGUUUGAUCCUCCUAUGCUCUUCAACUCGCCUUUCCAGUACAGCAACCGCAUCGCUCUGGAGUUCUGCCAGCUCUACCACUGGCACCCACUGAUGCCUGACAGCUUCCAGAUAGGUGGAGGCCAAAACUCUCAUGAAAUAGUGCUCAAAGUGGCAGAAAUGGUCAUCCGAGAGUCUCGAGCAACGCGUGUGCAGCCCUUUAAUGAAUACAGGAAGAAGUUCAACCUAAAACCAUACACGUCUUUUUAUGAAUUUACUGACGACUUAGAAAUGGCCAGAGGUUUGGAAGAGCUCUACGGCGACAUAGAUGCUUUGGAGUUUUACCCCGGCAUCGUGCUGGAGAAAACACGUGCUAACGGCAUAUUUGGGGAGAGCAUGGUGGAGAUGGGCGCUCCCUUCUCCCUGAAAGGCCUGCUAGGAAACCCCAUCUGCUCCCCUGAGUACUGGAAGCCCAGCACCUUUGGGGGAGAGACAGGCUUCAGUAUUGUCAAAACUGCUACUUUGAAGAAACUGGUAUGUCUCAACACCAAGUGGUGUCCAUACGUGGACUUCCAUGUUCCACGAAAUGAGGAGGAAGCAAAACCAAGGAAACCAUCUACUGAACUUUAAUCAGUGUUCACCUAAUGACCUGUGGUCAUCAGUUUAUUACGAUGCUGCCUGUAGGAUAUGACAUACUAUGGUUGUCAAUGUCUUAUAAGUUUUUGUUUUAAUCCCGUUCAGAUUGGAUUUAUUGCUCUGAUUUUAAUACUAUAUGUGCCUGUGAAGAUUCUCAUUCAUCAAGGUCAUUGUAAGCUAU